AUGAUUUCAAUUUGUCUUAUUGGAUCAGAAAGAGUUGGAAAAACAACGUUACUUAAAAUAUGGAGUAAUGAAGAAUUUGAGUCUGUUUAUUUAAAAACAGAUGAAAUAACCUCUAAAACUUUAAAAGUAAAUCAUAAUAAUACUACUCUUGAAGUUACUAUUUGGGAUUGUUCUGGAGAUGAAUUCAAAAAUACAAGAGGAACUGUUGAUUCUUAUGUCAGUAAUGGUCCAAUCCAUGUAUUUGUUAUAUCACAAUCUGAUAAAGGAAGUGUUGUUUUUUUAAAAGGAUUUAUUAACAGUAUAUUUUAUAGAAAAUCAAACCCUAAACGAAAAUAUAUAAUUGUUACUCAUUGUGAUGAAGAAGAUUGUACAGAAGGACUUAUUGAUGAAAUUACACAAACAUUACAUUCUAAAAGAUAUAAUGUAUGUUAUGAAGAAAUAGAAAAAAUAAAAAGUAUUCUCAAUGAAAUUGUUAUUGAAUAUGCAAAUGAAUUCUUACCUAAACCAGAAUUAGAUUCUGUCCAACCUCCAUCAAAAAAAUCAUGUUGUUUUUUGUUUUAG